AUGAAUGUGCUAGUUUACAAUGGUCCGGGAACAUCUCCUGAUUCUGUGAAACAUGCUUUAGAAACUCUACGCCAUUUACUAGAGCCACAUUAUGCGGUCAGCACUACAUCACCAAAAGUUCUUCAAACGGAACCCUGGGCUAGUAAAACAUCAGCGAUAGUAUUUCCUGGUGGGGCUGAUUUACCAUACACGAAAGAAUGUGCCUCUGUCUUACCACUGAUCAAGAGAUUUGUGUCUAGGAACGGAGGAAGUUUUAUCGGGUUUUGCGCAGGUGGUUACUUUGCUACUAAUAGGGUUGAAUUCGCGUCUGGAGACCCGGAACUUGAAGUGAUCGGAGAUAGGGCUUUGAAAUUCUUUCCAGGGACUGGUCGAGGACCAGCUUUUGGUGGAUUCAAGUAUAACAGCGAAGCUGGAGCCAGGGCAGCCAAGUUAAAGUUAGCAGAUGGCACAGAAUUUUGCACCUACUACAAUGGCGGUUGUGUAUUUGCUGAUGCCAAUAAGUACGAAAAUGUUGAGGUGCUGGCCCAUUAUUCAGACGAGGUUGAUGUGGUGCACUCUGAAAAUCCCACAGACUUAGGCGCUGCCGUUGUUCUAUGCAAAGUUGGCGAGGGCAAAGCAUUAUUGACUGGGCCUCAUCCAGAAUUUGUGCCACGACUUCUUCAAAAGUCAUCUAACCAUGAAUAUAAUAACAAAAUCGUCGAGACUUUGAGGAAAUAUGAAGUUGAACGAUUGACUUUUAUGGGAAAUGCCUUAAGCAGAUUAGGUCUUCGUUGUAAUGAGAAUUACCUGUCAGCAGCUGUGCCUAAACUGACGCCUUUGUUAGUGUCAUAUCUUGGUGAGCAAGAUUCCACUAAUGAACUCGAAGAAAGGUUUCUAAACGGAGGUGCAAGCGAUGCACAUGAUCAUAUCAUCUUGCAAGCAGAAAAGGUGGCGUUCAACGUUUUUAAGGGAUUUAAUUCUUAUGAUAAAGCAGCUGCCAUCCUUGAAAAUAAAGAGCCCGAGGAUUUCGUUCAAAGCGUAAUACUUCCAUCGCAAAAUCAGCGAAUUCCUCCUAAUGAUAUGACGCCGAACUUUGACGUUUCAAAGUACUAUCAAUACUUGAAUCCAAAAAACUCUGUUGGUUCAAUUUUAAUGUAUGGAGAAGUUGUGACUUCCACGAGCGGAUUACUUAACUCUAAUAAAAGCUUUCUUUCGAGUUUCCCAGAAAAUUCUCUUCUUCACGUUGCCGCUGUUCAAGUCUCGGGACAUGGUCGAGGAGGAAAUGUUUGGGUAAAUCCAAAAGGUGUAUCUGCAUCUACAGCAUGUAUUAAUUUGCCUCUUCAAUCAUCACGAACUGGAAAACCUUUGUCUGUUGUAUUCGUCCAGUAUUUGGCAAUGUUAGCAUAUUGUCAGGCUAUCUUAAAUUAUUCGCCGGGCUAUGAAGAUUUGCCGGUAAGAAUUAAAUGGCCAAAUGAUCUGUAUGCUAUGAAGCCCGAAUAUUACCAUAAGAAAAAAUUGAAGCUAGUGGGAAAAGGUUCAUAUGACAAUCUAGUGCCAUUAAAUGAUAUUGAUCCAGCUUACGUCAAAAUUUCAGGUUUACUGGUGAAUACCAACUUCAUUAAUAAUAAAUACUCCUUGCUUCUCGGAUGCGGCCUUAAUGUUAGCCACGACGGGCCAACUACAUCUUUGAAGACUUGGAUAGAACUUUUGAAUAAGGAACGAGAGCAGCUUAAUAUGGAGCUUUUGCCCUACGUCGAGGUUGAGAAAUUACAGGCCCUAUACAUGAACCAUUUAGAUAUCAUUCUCAAGAAAUUUGUUGAUUAUGGUGCGGAGUCAAUCUUACCCGAAUACUAUAAACUAUGGUUGCAUACCGGACAAAUAGUGACACUCACAGAUCAUCAAAAUGUGCGAGCGAAAAUUUCAGGGAUCACUAAAGAUUAUGGACUCUUGAUUGCAAAAGAGCUUAUAUCCGGUACUAACACCCAAUUCACUGGAACAACCUUUCAUCUCCAACCUGACGGAAACACUUUUGAUAUAUUCAGGGGGUUGAUAUCCAAGAAGGCUAGUUGA